AACUCGGAGCUCUUCACGCUGACGUACGGCGCUCUGGUCACCCAGCUCUGCAAGGACUACGAGAACGACGAGGAUGUCAACAAGCAGCUUGACAAAAUGGGUUACAACAUUGGCGUUCGGCUCAUAGAAGACUUCCUGGCCCGGUCCAACGUCGGAAGAUGCCACGAUUUCCGUGAAACUGCAGAUGUUAUUGCAAAGAUAGCAUUUAAAAUGUACCUGGGUAUCACUCCGAGCAUCACCAAUUGGAGUCCUGGAGGCGACGAGUUCUCCCUGAUCUUGGAAAAUAACCCCUUGGUGGACUUUGUUGAGCUCCCUGACAACCACUCGUCCCUCAUCUAUUCCAACCUCUUGUGCGGAGUGCUGCGCGGUGCCCUGGAAAUGGUUCAGAUGGCCGUAGAUGUGAAAUUUGUCCAGGACACACUGAAGGGUGACAGCGUCACUGAGAUAAGAAUGAAGUUCAUCAGGCGGAUUGAGGACAAUCUUCCAGCUGGUGAAGAGUGAACCGCAGCCCGGUGUCCCCUGGGGCUGGAGGGGACCGGCUGCGUUUGGCCGUUAGCUGUCAUCGCCGAUCUGUAGGGAUCCAGUGCCCCCAUACAUUCGGACUGACUCACUAAGAGGUUGUUAUAUUCUUAUACUGUUGCUUCCAUCUUCUGUAGAAGACGAUUGUCUGGUUGCUGUUUAUUCUGCAGGUUCAUCCUGAAGCUUUUUCAUAAGGUGAUGUCUUUUUCGUAUUCCCCUGGGGACUCUUUCUGCCCUCCGUUUCCAAUUGUGACGUCUGGUUGUGCGAGAGCUACUGCUCGGAUGCCAGAAGAGCUCCAGUCUGCUCAGCUCUGCGUCUGUGUCUUGGUACCGGAAUUGGAGACC